CCUAAAGUGUUAAUAAUCCUUGAUAAAAGCACAAUAAAAGUACCUUGUACAUUUCGCAACUUGUUUAUCUCCACAAACAUCAUAAUAACAUCGCGAAAAUAAUAUUAAUGUGUUGCCUAUGCCGGAAAGUGGUUUUUCAUUUUAAAAUUAUGAGCAAUUAACGGCAAGCAACACUAAAUUUAAAACGUCAAAAAACCUCAAAAAAAAACACCGCAAAAGCUAUUGUAGUUUUAAUUUAGUUCUUAGUGUUAUUUAUGUUUUAUUAUUGUUGAAUUGUGCUCUUUGAGAGUGCUGGAACCAUUAUAUAUCUAGUCUUAUUAUUUAUAUAUAUAAGUUCUAUCAUUGACUUGAGUGCCAUUAUUGACUAUCCUUUGUUUUUAUGUAUACUAAAAGUGUCGAAACGUUGAAGGAAAAUUUUUCGAUUUCAACAUUUAAGAAUUGAGUCAAGAAUUACAUAUUUAACAUUGGCAUAAAUAACAUUGUUCCAAGCAUAAUAUUUGGUCAAAUCCCGCCAUUUUUACACUGCCACAAUAUUGGCUUUUUCUUAUUACUUUUCACCGUGUUAAACAUGGUUAAAAUUGUUCGUUUUAACGAAAUUACUUUAUUAAAAAUGGCAAUUAAAUAAGAAAAUACUUAUAAGAUUCCAAUUGGAACAAUGUCGACCGUACAAGACGCUGCUUGGUCGAAAAUUUCCGGUGAAACUUUGAACCCUAAGGAAAAAUGUCGUAAUAUCACUGAAGAGAUUUAUAAAAGGAUAAAUAUAACGUUUCAAAUCAAAAAACUUGAAACUGGAUCACAAAGUGAUAUCUCAGAUUGCAGUGAUCAAUUGGACAGCAAUGAACUUAGUAACGAAACAGAUCUGUUUGCCUGCGACAAGAGCUCACUAUCCAGUAGUACGGACCAGGAGAGAGCUAUCAGUAAAUGUGAAAAAUACAUAAAUAUAAAUAACAACGAAGAAACCAAACUAAAUAAACCUGCUCCUGUUUAUAAAAGACCAAGGAAAAGAUUUCGGAAGCGCGUCAAGAAACAUCAGACAAACAAGACUCGGAGUGACAGUGAUUGUUCAAGUGAUGAAGUGAUACCACUCAGUCGUGUUGACAUUGACACAAGGAACAGUCAGAGUGAGUCACCUGACAGUGUCAUGGGCGUGCCUAAUAUUGUUAUUGUUGCUAAAGAAUCUAAACAAAAAUCUAAAUCAACACAAAACAAUCAACAAAAACAAGAUAAAGCAACUAAGCCAUCCGAAGAUGUUCCUAUAUUGAAAAGCAAUCAAAAAGGAUCGGAAAAGAGUCAACAAUGGGAACAUUGUCCACUUUGCAGUUUAUCAUUCCGUGGGGAAAGAGGUUUGAGACGACACAUGACUAUGUCACAUAUUGAUUCAGAUUUAAAAAAUACCAACAAAACUGAAGAUGCGAAAUCCACUUAGAAGGUAUGACUUAUAUUUGACAUUGUAAAAUAAGCCUUAUUACAAUAGGAUACGGUUUAAAUUAACAAUAGUUAAAUUAAAAUAUAUAUUUGGUACAUUUUGUUCGCUAAGAUAUAAUUUUUCAAAGAAUUAAAGUCUAUUUUAGACUGAUUUAUGUCAUUUUUCGACUUUGACACGUUGAAUAGGAAAAAUUAUUUGACGUUUGCAAAAUGGCGGCAUAAAUAUCAAGAUGGCGCAGGCGUCACUUGACAAUUGGCGCUAAAAUGUAACAUUUAUAAUUUUAAUUUGAAUCUUAAAUACUUUAUUGUGUUUUUUUUAGUCAUAUUUAAAGUGACAGUGACAUAUUCCCUUCUCUUUCUUUCUCUUUGACGAAACAGAGACAGGAAUAUGUCAGAAUAAGUGUGAACGAAGCCAGUUAACAUCUUACGAAUGACUCAUUUGUAAUUGUCAUUCGCAGUAAUUGUCUAUGGUCGAAAUUGUCUUUUAAUUUUAUGGUAACCAUAGACUACUGUCAAAUGGAAGAAAAAAUAAGAAUAUGUUUGUACAAUGUCUGUAUAUUCCUUGUUUAUGGAUAUUUUUAUUUAUUAUAUACAUAUUAUUAUAUAGUUAGUAUAUUUAAAUAUGGAUUUGAAGGAUGGGAAAGAAUUGGAAUGAUAUUUGAGAUGGAUUUGAAAAUGGUAUUGCCGCUACUGAAAAAGUUUUUUUUUUUCAAUCUAUUUCACACAUUAGAAAUUAAAAACAAAUAAUAUAAGAUACCCAAUAGUAGCUGGGAUGGCAUUUAUAUUUUUUUUGUGAUUGUCACAUCAAAAAAAAAAUUUUACAGAAUAAAAUAUCUUAAAUAAUAUUUUUACGUAGCGGCAAUGAAGUGGCAGGGUUUAAAAAAAUCUGUGAUCAGUUGGCAUAAUGUGAUCGUAGAAUAGUGAUUGGAAGAUCUUACCAUAGAUUGACUUUGCUCUAGAUUUUUUAUAAUCUAUAUCUUAAUGUAAGGUGUUUACUUUAAAUUGAAUUAUUUAUAUUAUCCAUGUCUCAGCCUUUAGAAAACUAAUUUAUCUUUUUUUGG